AUGUCGGCACUGUCUGUCGCCUUCUUUGUGUUGCUGCUUCUCCAUCCUACCGCAGGCCGCGGAGGUGGUCAUGGUGGUGGUGGUGGCCAUGGAGGAGGGGGAGGUCAUGGAGGCGGAGGUCAUCAUGGAGGCGGUGGAUGGGGAGGGCAUCAUGGAGGAUGGGGUGGCCAUUAUGGAGGACUAGGAUGGGGACAUCACGGAGGAUACGGAGGAUACGGUGGAGGCUAUGGAGGCGGACUCUAUAACAACUACUACCGAGGAUACGGCGGGUAUGGUGGGUAUGGUGGAUAUGGUCUCGGAGGUGUUGGGCUUCUUGGAUUACUUGGAUUAGGCGGUUAUGGAGGAUACGGCGGAUACGGAGGAUAUGGAGGAUAUGGCGGAUAUGGCGGAUACGGGGGCUACGGUGGAUACGGGGGCUACGGAGGGUACGGUGGAAACGGCGGCUACGGAGGAUAUGGAAAUGGCUAUGGAAACUACGGUAGCUAUGGAAGUUACUACCCAAGUUCUUACGGAUAUGGCAACACCUACGGAAGUAACUACUAUGGACAAGGGAAUGGUUACGGCAACUACUACAAUUAUUAUUACUGCCAAUCGUCAUACGCCUAUUUGUAUCCGCAAUGUAAUCAGCAGUACUCUACGAGUUACUACUCAGGAAAAUAA